AUGUUUGCAUUAUUUUCAAAAGGUGUCAAGAAGCGUAUCUCAAAUGCUGUUAGAUAUUCUUCAACAAAAACUUUCGAUAGAGCCACCAUGACCAUUAGAGAUGGCCCAGUUUUCAGUGGGUUUUCCUUCGGUGCGGAUAAAAAUGUCAGUGGAGAGGCCGUGUUCACUACAUCCUUAGUUGGAUAUCCAGAAUCUAUGACCGACCCUUCAUAUAAGGGUCAAAUCUUAUGUUUUACUCAACCUUUGAUUGGUAACUACGGUGUUCCAUCUUCUAGUGUGAAGGACAAAUAUAACCUGCUCAAAUUUUUUGAAUCUCCUCACAUCCAAUGCAUUGGUAUUGUGGUUAGCGAUGUUGCCAUGCAGUAUUCUCAUUGGACUGCCGUUGAGAGCUUAAGUCAAUGGUGUAAAAGAGAAGGUGUCGCUGCUAUCACUGGCGUGGAUACCAGAGCCCUGGUCACCUAUUUGAGAGAACAAGGUUCCAGCUUGGGAAGGAUAAGUAUCGGUGAGACAUACGAUGCCGAUGAAGAUGCUGCUUUUGAUGAUCCUAGCGCCAUAAACUUGGUGCAUAAAGUCAGUACCAAGGCACCUUUCCAUAUUGAGGCUCCAAAUGCAAAAUACCAUAUUUUGGUGAUUGAUUGUGGCGUCAAGGAAAACAUCAUGAGAAACUUGGUCUCCAGAGGUGCCUCUAUAACGGUUGUUCCUUACAACUAUCCCGUUCAGAAAAUUGCUCCGAAGUUUGACGGUCUUUUUAUCACAAACGGUCCUGGUGACCCAACGCACUGCUCUGUCACUAUUCACAACUUGAGGCAGACAAUGGAUGAGAACAAAGAUUUGCCAAUUAUGGGUAUUUGUCUUGGUCAUCAGUUAUUAGCUUUGUCCAGCGGUGCUAAGACAAUCAAGCUAAAAUACGGCAACCGGGCUCACAAUAUUCCAACCUUGGAUCUCACUACGGGUCAAUGUCACAUCACUUCUCAGAAUCAUGGUUAUGCUGUUGAUGCCAGUACUCUGUCUUCGGACUUCAAGCAGUACUUUAUCAACUUGAAUGAUCUCUCCAAUGAGGGUAUGAUUCACAAGACUAGACCUAUAUUUUCCACCCAGUUUCAUCCUGAAGCUAAAGGUGGUCCUCAUGAUACUACGUUUUUGUUUGACAAUUUCUUCGAUUCUGUUGCAAACCAUAGGAGCACCAAUAACCACCACAUCAGUGCUGGAGAUCUUCUAGCCGACUUGCUUCCAAAUGAGAGAGUUUUACAGUAG